UUGACAACUUGAGCUUGAUCUCCUCAGCAAUGGCGACUGUGAAAACCGUCAAGGAUGUCUCUCCACACGAGUUCGUCAAAUCCUAUGCCUCCCACCUCAAGUGCUCGGGGAAGAUGGAGCUGCCCGACUGGACUGAUUUGGUAAAAACUGACGUCCUCAAAGAGCUUGCGCCAUAUGAUUCUGAUUGGUACUACAUAAGGGCUGCUUCCAUGGCCCAAAAGAUCUACUUGAGGCGAGGACUUGGUGUUCGUGCCUUCCAAAGGAUUUAUGGUAGAAGCAAGAGGAAUGGCAGCCAUCCGCCCCAUUUUGGCAAGAGCAAUGGGUCUGUGGCUCGUAACAUUCUUCAGUAGUUGCAGAAGAUGAGUAUCGUUGAGGUGGAUCCAUGAGGUGGACGUAGGAUCACAUUCAGCGGGCAAAGGAAUUUGGACCAAGUUGCAGGAAGAAUUUGGACGUAGAUUAUUUAUUUAGUUUAAUUUGUGUUUUAGCUUGUUGGGAACUUCAGUCAGAAGAAAUAUGUGGACAAAGAUUUGGAUUAAAUGUAUGUCUUUUUAACUUUUUGAUGAUUUUGCUGAUGGUUAUUGCAAUGUCAACGAGAUGUACUGUGCAUUAUGAAUUAUCAAGUUAUAUCAGUCAUAUGAUUUUAGUUUAAAAGAAA